CAGUCCAACGUCAACAAUAUUUUUUAUAGCUUUUUGGUUUUGUCAUAUAUGUAACGUUAUAUAUAAGAAGCAAGUAAGCAUGCUGAAGGCUGUCAUUCUUAUCGGAGGUCCUCAAAAAGGGACCCGGUUUCGCCCUCUUUCUUUUGAGGUGCCCAAACCUCUGUUUCCAGUGGCUGGAGUGCCAAUGCUGCAGCAUCACAUUGAGGCCUGUUCUAAGCUUCCGAAUAUGAAGGAAAUCUUACUCAUUGGCUUUUAUCAGCCAAAUGAAGAACUUAACAGAUUUUUGUCAUGCGCCCAACAAGAUUACAAAAUAUCAAUAAGAUACCUUCAGGAAUAUGCUGCUCUGGGCACUGGAGGAGGAAUCUACCAUUUCAGAGAUCAGAUCCUGUCUGGCGGUCCAGAGGCAUUUUUUGUCAUGAAUGCUGACGUGUGCUCAGAGUUUCCUCUGCCAGAGAUGCUUGACUUCCAGAAGGAGCACGGAGACGCUUACAGUUUCAUCAUCCUCGGCACCACUGCCAACAGAAAACAGUCCCUGAACUACGGCUGCAUUGUUGAGAAUGAAAAAUCGGAUGAGGUCUUGCAUUAUGUAGAGAAGCCCAGCACAUUUGUGAGUGACAUAAUCAACUGUGGAAUAUACCUGUUCACUCCAGAGAUAUUCCAGCACAUCGGAGAAGUUUUCCAGAAGAACCAACAGGACAUGCUGUUAGAAGAGCAGUCCAACGGCUGGCAUCGGGCAGAGGUGAUCCGUCUGGAGCAGGACAUCUUCACUGCACUGGCAGGACAGGGCAAGCUAUAUGUGUACAAAACAGACCGCUUCUGGAGCCAGAUCAAAUCUGCAGGAUCUGCGAUCUAUGCAAGCCGCUUGUAUCUUAACCAGUAUCACAAGACACAUCCAGAGAGGUUAGCUACCAAUACAGAUGGAGGGCCGAAGACCAGAGGAAAUGUUUAUAUACAUCCAACUGCCAACAUUGAUCCAACUGCUGUAUUAGGUCCAAACGUGUCCAUAGGAACAGGAGUAACGAUCGGCGCAGGAGUUCGUGUGAGGGAGUCCAUCAUCCUCCAUGGUGCUACUUUACAGGAUCACAGCUGUGUGUUGAACAGUAUUGUGGGCUGGGGCAGCACUAUUGGCAAAUGGGCCAGAGUAGAAGGGACCCCUAGUGAUCCGAAUCCUAACGACCCGUAUGCCAAAAUUGACAGCGAGACACUCUUCAGAGAUGGAAAAUUAACACCCUCCAUUACAAUUCUAGGCUGCAAUGUAAAUAUCCCAUCUGAGGUCAUCAUACUCAACUCCAUCGUCCUGCCACAUAAAGACCUCAACAGAAGCUUCAAAAACCAGAUCAUACUGUAGUUUCAGUUUACGGCAUUUGCAUACAAAUCUACAAAAAAACAUAUCUUUGAAAUGAAACAUUAAUAAUGGAUGAAUCAUCUGAAGAUUCAGUAUUAUUCAUGUAAAAAUGUC